CUGAAUUGUAUUGUUUCCAGCGCUGCCGGAGAUCCAGAUAUAACGAUUCUGACUGAUGCUCUAGUGACACACGAUGGACAUGUUUUCUGGCAGCCACCUGCAAUUUACAAGUCCUUCUGCCCGGCAAGUAUUGACGUCACAUGGUUUCCAUACGAUUCACAAAAGUGUGAAAUGAAAUUCGGUACGUGGACAUAUACUGGUCGAUACGUAGACCUGAAGCAACUCCCAAAAGAAGAUGUUAUAACAGUUGAAGUAGAAGGUAACGAUGUAGAGUAUAUGCAAAGAGGAAUGGACUUGAGCUUCUUUUACAGGUAA